UAAACUUAGAUUUUGCAUGUAAAUGCCAUAUACCCAUUAUAAUCAACGUGUAUUUUUCAAUUCGAAUUACGCUUAUUGGAAAUAUAUACAUCUUUGGAGUAACAUUAAUUAUUACUGACACAUGAACAAUACAGAAGACACAUUAACGAUUAAACGAAACUGAAAUGAGUGUUAAAUGUGAUAAAAUACGUUUGGAAAAUGCGGGAAUAAAAAGCGUGUUUUAAUAUGAAAAUUGAAACAAAAAGGCUAUUGUAGCUUAAGAACAAUUUAAAUAUGUCGAUAAAGGCAGAGACAAUAAGCCUGCGGCCUCGGAUGUUGAGGGAGGAGACUUUGCUGGAAGACCCGCCCCGAAAGUACAUGGAACCCCAUGAGGUCAAAAUGAAGCUCUAUCUGAAGGAAUGCGAGCGCCUGCAAGUGAUCCCCGUGUCGGCGUACGUCCGGAAGCCCACGAGCACCGCCCUGUGUCUACAGCACUAUAACAUGGGACCUAACGGCGCUAGAGCCCUCUCGGCCGCCCUGCUUCUGGACACGACUAUAUCGUUCCUUGACAUAGAAGGGAAUUCCAUCACGUCCAUUGGCUUGUCCAGCAUCAAAGAGGCACUGGUCGACCACAACUUUAUCACACAUCUCAACAUCAGUGACAACAAAUUGGGGAGUCGGGGCGCUGUCCUUCUAGAACAACUCAUGUUGGCCAACCAUCGCAUUGACACGCUCCAUGCAUCUCGAAAUGGCUUCAAAGAUGCAGAUGCCGAGUACUUUGCGCAUAUGAUAAAGGAGAACCGUACACUAAAGGAACUAGUGGUCUCUGGAAAUGAGUUUGAAGAGGCGGCUGGGUGUGCUUUCGGGGCGGCGCUAUCAUCUAACGAAACAUUGGAACGGCUUGACGUCAGUUGGAACCACAUACGUAAAAGGGGCGCUUUGGAGUUUGCUAUUGGGAUAAAGGAGAAUGUGGGACUGAAGAAAUUAGACGUCAGUUUCAAUGGGUUCGGGACAGAAGGGACUGCCUUCAUGGGCCAGGCGCUCGCAACCAACAGAACUCUCCUCGAACUGGACAUGUCCAAAAACAGAAUCACCAAUUUUGACCUCAAAGUAAUGGUCAAGCAGCUCGCCCAAAACGACACUUUACAAGUGCUUCGGCUCGGUGACAAUUUGAUAAACGCGUUGGGGGCCAUUGAUGUUCUGCAGACGGUGUUAGCCUUAGAAACCUCCUCGAUGGAAAAGAUCGACUUCGGAACUACUUGUGUCGAUCAAGGAUUUCUCCAAGUAUUAGAAGAGCUUAAGACUCUGAAGCCAAAUAUUGAAGUGAUCCAUGGUAGAAUACAGAACGUAUAUAUCGACCUUGACAUGAAACCCCCUGAAGAGAACCCCGACCAGAUAUUGUCCGAGUUCUCAGGAAGAACGCCCGACGACGCCUUGUCUGAUGUUGACAAGGCCGAAAAAGGUAAAACCUACGUCGUUGAAAACACAACAGACGAAAAUGACAAUGACGAUCACGAAAAACAAACUCGAAAACCAGGUAGUAACAAAGAGAAAAAUGAACUGAUUGAACACAAUGAACACGAGCUGGAUGCAGAAGUGUUGGCUGUUACCGGGGAACCCCAAACCCAGAUGGCGCUGGUGGACGAACGGGAUGGCGCGGGAACCGUCACUCCGGAUAUCUGAUAUCUAGAUUGUUAUUUUUUUUCUAUAUUUUUGAGGCUUCGAAGUUUAACUUUUUUUCUUUAUAUUUUCGAGGCCACGAGGACUCCUUUAAUUUGACACAUGGUGGGGAUGAUGUGGUCAGGGAUAUCCUCAUGGUCCUUUACAAAGGAAAGCCAACAUUCAUAAAUAAAGUAAUUGUGCAGCAUAUGAUGCACGUGCAAAUCAUGUAAGAACGUUCGUAUUCUAUUUUGUUUUCAAAAUGAUAUAAUUAUCUUGAAAAAAAACUUGUUUCUUUUCGUGGCACAAUAUCGUAAUCCUUUUUUAAUUGGAAAUAAAAUAUAUCAAAGUCGCAGAAAACUGGCAGAAGCUGGUGGCAAGCUUUAUCAGAGAAGUCCACAAGUUUCUAACAUACAUGUUUCGAUAUUAUCUCAUACUCUUGUGACCAUGACGUUCAAGUACUCCUGAAUGAUGCUGUAACCAGUCAAUCACAAUGGCUUUCACUCUUACAGAAGUUAUUGAAUAUAAAACGUUCACUGUACUUUAAUGACAAGUUUUAUUAUCGCUGAUAUUGUGAUGUUUGUGUAUGUAAUACGUGUAUGUUUUUAAAUUGUAUAAACAAGUUUAUACCUGUGCCAAACUUGUUUGUAUCGUAUUCAUGCUAUACGUAAUAUCAUAGUAAAAAAUAAACAAA